GCCUGCUGUCAGUCGACCGGGAUGGAACAAUAUUUAAGCUUAUAUCUCUUGGCUUUCUCCUCUUGAAGAUGGGCCAAUUUUAUCACGAUUCGGGAAGUACUAGUCUUUAUUCUAUGUAUAACCAUAUCCAUAGAUCCUGACUCGUUGCUGGUCCAAAGCAGAUACCUAAUUAGGGAUAGGGACACCGUCAAUAUGCUGAGUCAGGUGAUAGUAGAUCGCUGUCUCUCUGUUCUCUAAAGUGUGUGCUUUUAACCUGCGGAAAGUGCUGCUAGAGCCUUACAGAGGAGAGGAAUCCUGGCAGGCCUUCCUGUUUCCAGAGCAAAAGCGGAUGAACCAUUUAGACGCAGUGGGGCAAACACGGGCCACA